AACUUCUCUACUCUACUUUCUUCUCUCAACUGGUGAGUCUUCGCAAAACUCAUAUAAAACCCCCACGGCACCACCACAAUCGCCGCUUCCACGACUUGACCCGAAUCAGACGCCAGAGCCAUGCUGGGCGGAUGCUGUUGCUUUGACGGGAGGAGCUCCGACGAAGGGUCCGAUUUGGACCCGGUCUUACUGGUCUCGGGCAUGGGUGGGUCCAUCCUCCAGACGAAGAAGAAGAGUUUCGGGUUGCAGACCCGGGUCUGGGUCCGCCUCCUCCUUGCUGAUUUGGAGUUCAGGCAGAAACUAUGGUCCCUCUAUAAUCCUGAAACUGGUUACACAGAAUCAUUGGACGAUAGCACAGAGAUUGUGGUCCCUGAAGAUGAUUAUGGACUGUAUGCAAUUGAUAUUUUAGAUCCAUCAUUUUUCGUGAAAUUAAUACAUUUAACUGAGGUAUACCAUUUUCAUGAUAUGAUUGAUAUGCUUAUUGGAUGUGGGUAUAAGAAAGGAACCACGUUGUUCGGAUAUGGUUAUGACUUCAGGCAAAGCAUCAGAAUUGACAAGUUAAUGGAUGGCCUUAAAGAAAAGUUGGAAGUUGCUUACAAAGCUAGUGGUGGGAGAAAAGUCAACAUAAUCUCACACUCGAUGGGUGGAUUGCUGGUGAUGUCUUUCAUGUCACUCAAUAAUGAUGUAUUUUCGAAGUAUGUAAAUAAGUGGAUCUGCAUUGCUUGCCCUUUUCAAGGUGCACCAGGAUGCAUCAAUGAUUCUCUCUUAACUGGGUUGCAGUUUGUUGAAGGCUUUGAAAGCUUCUUUUUUGUGUCAAGGUGGACGAUGCAUCAACUGUUGAUUGAGUGCCCAUCAGUUUAUGAGAUGCUGCCGAAUCCAGAAUUCCAAUGGAAAAAGCAGCCAGAAAUUCAGGUGUGGCAAAAGCAAACCAAGGAUGGGGAUAUUUUUGUCAAUUUGGAAUCCUAUGGCCCGAUUGAAAAUGUUGCUCUCUUUGAAGAAGCAUUAAGGCAUAAUGAGCUAAGUUAUGGUGGGAAGAAGGUUGCUCUGCCCUUUAACUUGUCUAUUCUCAAAUGGGCUACUGGCACUCGCCAAAUUCUCAAUAAGGCUCAACUACCCACAGGGAUCUCGUUCUAUAACAUUUUUGGAACAUCAUGCGAUACCCCUUUUGAUGUUUGCUAUGGUUCAGAAACUUCUGCAAUUGAGGACUUGUCAGAAGUAUGCCACACAAUGCCCCAGUACUCGUACGUUGAUGGAGAUGGAACUGUUCCAGCUGAAUCAGCAAAGGCUGAGUAAUCUCCACCAGAGUAGCAGUGAGGGAUUUCUAAUACAGUAAUACCACAUCUCUUUUUUUUUUGGAAAUUGUAAUACCAUGUAUCUCAUACUUCAAGGUAUUAUUGGUUGUCUACUUGAUAUGCAAGUCCUCCUCUAAUUUUUGCAAUCUAAGAAGCACGGAUACUGGCAUGGGACAGGACACAACACGGACAUGUGUGAUGGUUUUAGGACACUUAAAAGUAUUGCCACCUACAAUAGGAAUCUUGGUGGUUUUGGGUGGGGAAGUAUUACUUGGAUAAGUGCGCAAAGAAAAAGAAAAGAAAGAAGGAGAAGCAAAAGAGAGAGAAAGAGAGAGAGGUGUUUCACCCUCGCAAGAAUCAGACGGUUUCUACAAGGAAGUGUGAUAGAAAACAGAGACGGAAAAUACUGAUGUUAUUUCUGAAUGAAUUACAAUGAGGUGAGUACACCUUUAAAUAGAGUAAAGCUACGCCUAAGAAAGGAAGAUUAUAAGAUUUGAUUACGAUAUGAUUACCCAAUGAUUAUGCUAUGAUAUGAUUUGAUUAUGAUACGAUUACCCUAUGAUUAUGCUAUGAUUUGAUUACGAUACAUGUCCUAAAAUAUCAUAUUACAAGAAGUUACAGAAUAUAUAUAUUCUAGAUAUAGAAUAUAUAUUCACACCCCCCCUCAAACUCAAGGUGCGAGGGCAGAGAGCACCGAGAGUUUGUUAAGGAGAAAGCGGAAACGAGUAGUGGUAUGGGUCUUCGUGAAGAAAUCAGCCAACUACAGUGUGGAGGAGACGAAGGGUAAAGCAAUGGUGCGAGAUGUUGGCGUAUGAAAUGACAGUCAAUCUCAAUGUGCUUCGUUCGCUCAUGGAAGACUGAGUUGUGGGCAAGCUGAAUAGCACUAUUGUUGUCGCAGUAAAGAGGCGUAGGAGUAGUAACAGAGACCCCCAUAUCGGAAAUAAGCUAGACGAUAUUCAGCUUUCGCGGUGGAGCGAGCAACAACAGAUUGCUUUUUGCUUUUCCAAGAGAUAAGAGAAUCGCUUAGAAAAACACAAGAGGCCAGAGGUAGAUUUGCGGUCACUGACAUCACUUGCCCAGUCAGCAUCAACAUAAGCAUGGAGGGUUAAGCUUGAUGUAGAAAAAAUAAGAAGACAUUGAUGAAGGGUACCAGGAAGAUAAUGGAGAAUACGUAAGAGGGGAGGGCAGCCCAAUGCGUAGUCCAAGGAGCAGAGACAAACUGACUAACAAUGUGAAUUACAUAAGAAAUGUCUGGUCGAGUAACAGUAAGAUAAACCAAGCAGCCCACCAAUUCGCGAUAUUCCGUAGGAUCCUCAAGGGGGACACCAUCAGAGACAGAGAACUUGGCAUGAAGUUCAAGGGGAGUAUCAACAGUUUUCAUAUCCGUGAGACGAGCACGGUGAAGAAUAUCAGUAACAUACUUGGACUGUCCCAAAAGAUACCCCUGAGGAGAGGAAGCAACUUCAAUACCAAGGAAA